GAGAGAGGUUCCUCUGAUAUGAUCCACUAGUGUCUUGUCACAUCUUUCUUCUCUCUUACUUUUACUUUGAUGCAAUUAUUACCUCUUUUAACUUACGUGUAGUUUUCACACCAUUCAACCUUCUCUCUCUCUAUCUCUCACUCUGAACCAACCAAGAAUAGUAGUAGCCUUUACAGCUUUACCUUGAUAACAACAGUACUUUUAAACCCUCCAUUGAACUCUCUUUUCUACUUUUAUACAAACAAAAAAGAGAUUAUAGAUCUCUUACUUAAAUGCUCUUUCCUCCAUUCUACUUCUGUUAUAACAUCCAAACAUCUUAACCUCUCAUCAUUCCUCAGCCAACCCAGUUCUCUUCAUUUCUUCUCUUCCGUAUCUAGAAAGUAGUGAAACAGUAGAGAGAGAGAUUUAUAUUUCUAGAGAGAGAAAAUAUAAAAGAUGGACUUUGGAGGGAACAUGUUCUGUCUCAACAACAGAGACCAAAAUAAUACUAACAACACCAACGGUAACAGUAACAGUAACGGUUUCACUUGGGGUAGUAGUAGUACUACUACGAGUAACAGUGCAUGGAACAACAACACUUUCAACGUUGCCGUUGCCGUCAACCCCGGUUUAGACAACGCGGUGAUGUUUCAUCCGCAUGCAAACGAAGGCGGUGUACGGGAGGUUCGGGGGAGCUACACGGAGGCGUUCGGUGGAGGUUUGGCUAGGGCUCAUCACGUGAUGCCGGAUCCGCAUCUCACGUGUUUGAAGUUGGGGAAGAGGCAUUAUUUUGAGGAUGUGAGUGGUGGAGGUGGAGGCGGUGGAGGCGGUGGGGGUUUGGUGGAUAAGAGAGGGAAAGGGUACUGUGGUGGUGGUGGGAAGGCGGUGGCGGGUUUGGCGGUGGGGAGUUCGGUGGCGAGGUGUCAGGUGGAUGGAUGCCACGUGGGAUUGAUGAACGCGAAGGAGUAUCAUAGGAGACAUAAGGUUUGUGAGAUGCAUUCAAAGGCACCAAAAGUUGUGGUGAUGGGUUUGGAGCAGAGAUUCUGUCAGCAGUGUAGCAGGUUCCAUGUUGUUUCGGAGUUUGAUGAUUCUAAGAGAAGUUGUAGGAGAAGACUGGCAGGACACAAUGAGAGAAGAAGAAAGAGUUCCCACGAUUCUGUUUCAAGGAGUUCAUCACAAGGUGGGUGUGCUCUCUCUCUUCUGUCAUCAAGGACUGAUGCAUGGCUUUCUCCCGAUGAUCUCUCCGUAAGAUGCAGUGCUGCGUUAAGCGAAUUGAUAGCAGAAAACCGGGCAGCGAUAAUGGCUAGGCAAUAUGUCUCCGAUAGAGACUGGCAUUUGCAACACCAUGCAGUGGAAGACUACAAAGAGAUCCAACCCGAGUCCAACUAUUUCCCGCAACAGAUGUUUCCGCAGACACACUAACGAUUGUUCCUAGGACACGGAGCUUGGAAAUUCAUUGCAGUUAGUCAAUCAGAAUUGUUGGAUGAAGAUCGGAUGUUUCUGAUCCUCAUCCAACUAUUCGGACUUACCGAAUGCGAUGAAUCUCGAUCCAAGAAGCCUGACCUAAAGUUUAUUAGAGAAAUAAGUGUGCCCUAAAAGGAAAGGACACAGGUUUAUUAAGUUUUCAACUAUUUAAUGUCUCCUAAAAAUAAAAGUUUAGAACUCUUUUCCAGACUCAUUAGGGUUAAAAAUUUUCAAGAUUGUAUUGGUAUCUCUAAUUUCCGUUAAGCAUUUGCAAAUUUCUUUGUAUUGAGUUCCAUUGCUUGAAUAUUUUUAUGGAA